AUGUCUCCCCUGCUCCUCGGAUUCCUCGUCCUGCUCCUCGUCGCAGGCGAGGUGGCGGUGGUGGUGCCCGCCGGCGCGCAGAGCAACGGCGACAAGGAGGUGCUGGUGGAGCUCAAGCGCUUCCUGCAGGACAACAACAGGGUGAACCGCGGCGCCUACGACGCGUGGCAGGAGUCCGACGCGUCGCCGUGCGGGUGGCACGGGGUGCGGUGCGACGACGCGUCCGGCCGCGUCACGUCGCUGGACCUCUCCAGCUCCAGCAUCUCCGGCCCGGCGUUCGGCAACUUCUCGCGGCUGCCCGAGCUCGCCGAGCUCGACCUCUCCGACAACACCAUCUCCGCGGCUGGCGACAUCGGCCAAUGCCGCGGCCUCGUGAGCCUCAACCUCUCCCACAACCUCAUCAACGGCUCGCUAGACCUGUCCGGCCUCACCAGGCUGCAGACGCUCGACGUGUCCGGGAACCGGCUGUCGGGCGGCGUCGCGGCCAACUUCACGGCGAUGUGCGCCGCCGACCUCGCCGUUUUCAACGUCUCCACCAACGGGCUCACAGGCAAUAUCACCGGCAUGUUCGACGGCUGCGCCAGGCUUGAGUACGUCGACCUCAGCUCGAACAACUUCACCGGCGAGCUGUGGCCCGGCGUCGCGAGGUUCAGGCAGUUCAGCGUCGCCGAGAACAAUCUCACCGGGAGCGUCCCGCCGGCCACGUUCCCGGACGGCUGCAGGCUCGAAUCUUUGGACCUGUCAGCGAAUUACCUGACUGGAAGCUUCCCGGACUCCAUCGCCAAGUGCGCGAACCUGACGUACCUAUCUCUGUGGGGGAAUGACUUCGACGGCUUCAUACCGGCCGGAAUUGGGAGGCUCGCCGCGAUCGAGACGCUGGUUCUCGGGAAGAACAGCUUCGAUCGCCGGAUACCGCUGGCCCUGACGAACUGUACGAAGCUUCAGUUCUUGGACAUCAGCAGCAACAUGUUUGGAGGGGACGUGCAAGACACCUUUGGCAAGUUUGCAAGUCUGAGGUACCUUGUGCUGCACAACAACAACUACACUGGCGGCAUCGUCACCUCCGGCGUGCUCCAGCUACCGCUUCUCGCGAGGCUGGACCUCAGCUAUAACGAGUUCUCCGGCGAGCUCCCUCCUGUGCGGGAUACCGGCGGCGUACGGCCGUCUCACCGAGCUCAAGCGCUGGACUUGUCGUAUAACGACCUCUCCGGCGAGAUACCGGCGACCAUUGGGAACCUCACGUCGCUUUUGUGGCUGAUGCUCGCUGGGAAUCAGCUAUCCGGAGAGAUUCCGUCGGAAAUUGGCAAAUGCACCAGCUUGCUCUGGUUGAACCUGGCCGACAACAAGCUGACCGGGAGCAUCCCGCUGGAGAUGGCAAACACAGGGAAGAACCCCGGCCCGACGUUCGCCAAGAACCGGAAUGGUUCCAGCGUGCUCGCCGGCUCCGGCGAUUGUCAAGCCAUGAGGCGGUGGAUCCCGGCGAGCUAUCCCCCUUUCAGAUUCGUGUACUCCAUCAUGACUCGGGCGAACUGCCGCAGCAUAUGGGACCGAAUCCUCAAGGGAUACGGCAUCGUUCCGGUCUGCACCAACUCCUCGUCGCCGGUGAGGUCCUACACGAUCUCCGGGUACGUUCAGCUGUCCAGGAACCAGCUAUCCGGAGACAUACCUCCGGAGAUCGGCGCGAUGGUGAACCUCAGCCUGCUCCACCUCGACGACAACCGGCUCACCGGACAGCUGCCACCAGAGAUCAGCAGGCUCCCGCUCGUCGUGCUGAACGUCUCGAGAAACAACAUCUCAGGCGCGAUUCCGCCAGAGAUCGGCCGCAUUCUGUGCCUCGAGAUGAUGGACCUCUCCUACAACAACUUCUCCGGCGAGCUGCCGGGAAGUCUGAGCCAGCUCACGUACCUGACCAAGUUCAACGUGUCCUACAACCCGCUUCUCACCGGCAGCGUCCCCACCACCGCCCAAUUCGGCACCUUCGACGAGCAGUCCUUCCUCGGCGACCCACUCAUUUCAUUCGAGAGAGGGGUGAAGGUGUUCCAGCUCGGCAAGACGGCGUUCACCUACCGCGACAUCGUGGCGGCCACGGGGAACUUCUCGGACGACCUGGUGAUCGGGCGUGGCGGCUACGGCGUGGUGUACCGUGGCGUGCUCCCCGACGGCCGCACCGUGGCCGUGAAGAAGCUCGCGAGGCCGCGCGACGGCGACGGCGACUGCGAGCGCGAGUUCCGCGCCGAGAUGGAGGUGCUCGCCGACCGGAUGGGGUCGACGUGGCCGCACCCGAACCUCGUCACGCUCUACGGGUGGUGCCUGUCCGGGUCGGCCAAGAUCCUGGUGUACGAGUACCUGGACGGCGGCAACCUGGAGUCGCUGAUCGGCGACACGGCCGCGUUCGGGUGGGGGCGGCGGCUGGACGCGGCGAUCGGCGUGGCGCGCGCGCUGGUGUUCCUGAACCACGAGUGCCGCCCCGCGGUGGUGCACCGGGACGUGAAGGCCAGCAACGUGCUGCUGGACCGGGACGGGCGCGCCAGGGUGACGGACUUCGGGCUGGCCCGCGUGGUCCGGCCCGGCGACACGCACGUGAGCACGGUGGUGGCCGGGACCGUCGGGUACGUGGCCCCCGAGUACGGGCAGACGUGGCGCGCCACGACCAAGGGUGACGUGUACAGCUACGGCGUGCUCCUGAUGGAGCUCGCCACGGGCCGCUUCGCCGUGGACGGCGCCGAGGACGAGUGCCUGGUGGAGUGGGCCCGGCGGAUGGCCAGAGAAGGGUGGCGGUCGUCGUCGGAGAAGGCUGCGGCGGCCGUCGGCACCGUGUCCUGGGAGCUCCUGAUGCUCGGCAUGCGGUGCACGGCGGACGCGCCUCAGGAGCGGCCCGACAUGCCGGACGUGCUCGCCGCGCUGCUCGACGUGGCCGAGAACGGCGGCGCGCACCUCGAAUUCACGUGA